CCUCCAUCCCAUCCUCGCUUGCCCCCGUCCUCGGGUAGCCCCCCAGGUCCUGAGGCCGUCCCUGAGUUUUUACCGCCCACCGCCCCGACCACGACAGAGUCCUCGCCCUCUUUCCUUCCCAUCCUCCUUUCUCCACCUUCCCCGUGUGCAGCAACCACCCCGACCCCGAUCACUCUCAAAUUCCAACCGCACCCGAAUUUUUCGCCCGCCCGAUCCCCCCAGACUCCUUCUUUUCCAAACCUUCAACCUCCGGCCUCAACGCCUCCGGGCAGCGACAAACAAAUCCCUCUCGGUCCACGCGCCAAUCUCUUGCCCAGUCGCCUCUCAUUCUUUCUACCUCUUUUUAAUUUCCUUGAUUUCCUUUUGUCGCCAACAAGGUCGUCCGCGAUGGCUUCUGUCGUGCGCAGCACGGCGCUUCGGGCCGGCGGCGCCUGCGUCCGCUGCCGCAAAGGCAAGACCAAGUGCGUCUACGAGAAUGGUCGCGCCCCGUGCAAGAACUGCGCAAAGGGCAUGCACGACUGUUACUUGCCGUCCGAGUCCAUGAGCCACGGCGGCCACGGCGUCUCGCCCGCACGCGUGGUUGCGCAGAGGUCGCGCGACUCCCUGCCCAACGAGUCUCGCAGUGUCGGACCGGCGGACCGGCAACGCGAGACCGCUGCCAAUGUGUCGCGUCAUGCAGCGCCCACCGCGGAAAAGUAA